AUGCAGCCACAUCCCUUGAAACUUACCAUUAAGUUGAAAGGGGAUGACAUCAAUGAUUCUGAUUUACACAGUCCCUUAAAUAGCUCAAAAAUGGGAAACAAUGCUUUAAAUGAUUCUGCUUUCACUGGGCACCUGGAAAGCGCUCCUCAGGAACAGAUUGAUGUAACUUCUUUGGAAGAGGACCAUGGCAUGGAGGAUGGAGAUAAUCAAUACUCUGAAAAUGCUCAGAACCAGUUGGUGGUGUAUGAUCCUGCUGCUAAUGGUGCAGGUGAAAUUGAAGCUGCCCCUUAUCAUACCGGACAUCAAUCUCUGCGUUUCCUGAGAUACUCAACAUCCAGAGUUUUGCCAUCUGUGGGGGCUUUUACUGUGCAAUGUGCCCACUGUUUUAAAUGGAGGCUCAUCCCGACAAAAGAGAAGUAUGAGGAAAUACGUGAACACAUUAUAGAGCAGCCCUUUGUAUGCGAAACAGCUCGUGAGUGGAGGCCUGAGAUAUCAUGUGAUGAUCCAGCUGACAUCUUUCAAGAUGGGAGCAGGCUUUGGGCAAUUGAUAAGCCCAACAUUGCUCAGCCCCCUCCUGGGUGGCAACGGCUUUUAAGGAUCAGAGGUGAAGGAAGCACCAAGUUUGCAGAUGUGUAUUAUGUUGCACCAUCAGGCAAGAGACUUCGCUCCAUGGUUGAAAUUCAAAAGUACUUGGACGAUCAUCCAGAUUACAUAAAAGAAGGGGUGAGUAUGUCACAAUUUUCAUUUCAAAUUCCAAGACCUUUGCAGGAAAACUAUGUCAGGAAGCGUCCUGCUCGCUUUGCGACCGUACACGAUGCGAGUCGUCUUGGGAUGCCAGGGUCUCUUGAACCUUCCGAAGUCAAUCCAAUAGCAUGGGCAGGUCCAGAUGAGAACAUAGAACUGCAGCUUGGUGGGCCGGGCCUCUCAACCCCCUAUAUGGUGUCUCCUGAUCUUAAACUUGUAAAUCAACCAGUAAAGAAGAAGAGAACGAGGACACCCUCUAAACGAAGGUGUGAUGGUGAGCCGGUGUGUCAUUUGCGCAAGGUGAAGGUAGAAGAACCUCAUCGACCUUAG